GUGUUGCAGUGAUCGUACGUGAGGCAGCGAGGCAAGACAGUGUUUACAUCUGGGUCAGAAGUUGAUCAGCUGAUGGUGGUGUUGUCUAAUUGUUUGUCUCAUGAACAUCUCUAAUAUUCUCCUUCACCUCCUCACAUCUUCCUCAAGAUGCUGAAGGAAUAUCGGAUAUGCAUGCCAAUGACUGUGGAGGAGUACCACAUUGGGCAGCUUUACAUGAUUGCUCGUCACAGCUCAGAGCAGAGUGAUGGAGGAGAGGGAGUUGAAGUAAUUGAAAAUAAUGCAUACACCGACCCUCUGUGUGGUCCUGGACAAUUUACUGAGAAGAGGAUUCAUUUAUCAGGGAAACUACCACCUUGGAUUCGGUCUUAUAUUCCUCGCUUCAUAUAUCUUACAGAGAAAGCAUGGAAUUACUAUCCAUAUACAGAAACAGAAUAUACAUGCUCCAUUAUUCCACGGUUUAAUAUCAAAAUACGCACACGAUAUGAAAAUAAUAAUGGAUCCUCAGAAAAUUGCCUCAAUAUAAAAGAAGAGGAGUUGAAGCAGCGGAUAGUUGACCAUGUGGACAUACUUACUGAUCCAGUUGAUGAGAGGCACUACAAAAAAGAAGAGGACCUUUCUGCCUUCAAGUCAAAGAAAACUGGCCGUGGCCCUUUGAAACAAGGAUGGCGUGAUUGUUCAGAUAUCAUCAUGUGUUCUUAUAAGCUUGUUGAUGUUUCAUUUCAAGUAUUUGGACUUCAAACUAAAAUUGAAGAAUUUGCCCAAAGAGCCAUUCGAAGCAUUUUACUUGUUGGUCACAGACAGGCAUUUGCAUGGAUAGAUGACUGGUAUGGCAUGACCAUACAAGAUGUCAGAGACUAUGAAUGUGGAAUGCAGAAAGAAACUAAUGAAAAGAUUCGCUCUGCUCAACAGUCUGCAGGUAUAGGGAGUGCAGAGCCUGAUAACUUGAAGAAAGAGGAAGAUGAGGAAGAAACUGAAGACAAAGAUCCAAGCAUCUCUAAAAGAAAAGAAUUGCUAAAGAAAGAAAACUCAUCUUCAUCUCUUGGUACAAACUCCAAUUCUCCUGUCACACCAGAGAAAACAAGUUAUCUUUCCACUUGGUUUAAGUGGUCUUAGAAUCAUUUUUUAAAUGUACUGAAGAAGUUCCAAACCUUUUAACCAUUUCUGGUAUCAAAGGCAGAAUAAAACAUUUUGCACUUCAUUAUUGAUAAAAUGUUGAUGGGUUGCUUGCUUAAUAUCUGCUUUAAACCCCAAUAUAUAUUUAUGUAUUAAUAGUAAUUAUUUAGAAUAGCUGAUUAUUAUUUAAAUCUCUUGUAUGUAAAGCAGCUAAAAUUCUGCAUCUCACUUUAGUGAUGGAAGAUUUAUUCUACGAAUUUCAUGCAUAAAAUAACAACUAGCCAGAUUUUUUAAAUACGCUUUUAUUGGUGGACUUUCUUAAGAGCAGGAAACAGAAAACUAUGGUUGUUCAUCAAAUGUCUGUUUAUAUUGAAAGAAUUAAAGAUUAAAGAGUUUUGGGAGCAACAAAUCGGAUGUUGGAAAUUGCCUAUGAAAAAAAAUAUAAUAAUGUUACACUCAUCCUACAAGUUAUAGAGUUAAUAAGAAAACUUUGUCUUAAUAUCUGUUGUAUAUUUGUACUCUUGUUCAUUUAGAGCAGAGUGGUUUAUUAAAGCUCUUUGGCAAACUCUAAAUUACUAUAUCUCAUUAUUUCUAGUGCAAAGACCCAUGUGCAAGUGUUAAAACAUUUGCUAAAGGAUUUCUCAUGAUUCUCUCUUAAUAGUUUGUAGUUAUGGAGCUUUUAAAUGGCCAAUAAUGCUCUCUAAUGGAAACAGCAAAAACAGGAGAAGUGUAUUGUUUAAAAUGUGAGAAGAGCUUACUCAUACCAGUGCCUUCAUAUGACAGAGUUUAACAAAUUUUAAUGAGGGAAAAUUAGAAAUCCUCUGAUUUUGUGCUUAAAUUGUAAUGUUUCAGGUGUUGUCUAUAUACAUAUUUUGAAUAAAAUGCACAUGUAUUCCAUUAUGAAAUAGCAUAAUGGAAGUACUGUAUGGCAAAGCUAUUCUCAUAAUUUAAAUUUUCAUUCUUUGCUUUAUGGGUUUGACACUUUUUUGUGACUAAUAGUAAUGUAAUAUUUUUUUACUUUGCUACAUAAUCAGGAAUUACUUUAUAGACAGUUUAACACUGUAGAUCAGUUUUUCAUUGUUUUUCUUUAGCCGUCCUUUUGUACUGUAAGGUAAGUAUUGCAGUUACAAUGAAAUAUGACAAAUAAUCUUGGUUCAAUAUAAAGAAGUUCUUCGAGAAGCUUUUCAUAAAGAAUCAUUUGAUUUCUUUAUAUAUUUAUUAUCCAAAGCUCAGUUGGUUUUGUUUGUCCUCUUACUUGCUGAUGGUAGUCUUUUAAUUUGCAUUCAAUGAUUUAUACUACUAAACUUUUAAAUUGUGGUUGUAUUGUUUAUUUACUAACUUUUUAUGUUGAACAGGUGCAUUGGUGCCCAGUGGAGACACAUCUUGCUAUAAUUUAUUUGUAUUUUUAAGAUUUUUCUGCAUAGUAUAUACAGCAGGCUGGUUAAUGCAGAUUUUAAUAUGAUUCCACUGUUUGUUCUUACAGUAUUUAUAUAUUUUAAUAUGUAUUUGUGUUCAUGUUUUUAAUUGAUGUUGAUUUUGGUUUACUGUAUCAAUAAAUUCUUUUAAAUAGUAAGUUAUGGAAUGGGAAUAUUCUUGUACACAAAUGAAGUUAUACCAUUGGAACAAAUAAUUUAAAUGAUUCUGGAAAGUAUUGGAGGAUUGCUAAAUAUGCCUAUUGUAGAUAACAACAGGAAACACUAAGUUAUGUUCAGAAAGAGGUCUGGUAAGAGGCAAUAUGUGUAUCAAGAAGAAAAACUCAAAAAUCAUGCAAGGGUAUUGCAAAGUACAACAAAAAGGGUCACCAGGAGUAGUGGACACAAUGUUAAAGGGUAGGCCUCUGCUUUUCACUUUACUAGUAUCUCAAGUAAGAAUAAGGGAAAGGAGGAAUGCAAGGUGAAUAGUUCCACUAUGUAAGAAAUAACUUCCUAACAGUUACAACUUGCCCCAUGCAGUAUCUUUUAUACUUCUUUUUUUUAGCACUGGAUAUCUCCCACCCAGUAGGGUGACCUGACAAAGAAUAAAAUAACUUUAGCUGUCAGUCAUUCAAUCUCUGUCUUGCCAGAAGGGUGCUGACAUGGCAGUUCAGAUGACCCUUCAAACUGCAACUACACUCCUCUUUCAGGACUCAAGUCCAACUAACUGGUUUCCCUAAAUCCUCUUAUAAAUGUUACCUUGUUCAUACUCCAACAGCACAUCAAAUCAUAAAAAAACCACUAGCCUCCACUCGUUCCUGUCUAACACUAUUACAAUGUGUUCUGCAUAAUUAUGCUCUUACAAAUGUGUAUACUAUAUGUAUUUCCAAAUUUAUGCUAUAUGUAGUGUUAGUAUUAUAGAGCAGUUGGCAAAAGAAAGGUAGACUGGUGAGAGUGACCAAGAAGCAUGGUGAAAACAUGUAGUGUGCCUUCAAGUGUGCAGUGUUGCUGUGUAGUAUACGGGUUUAUUGCUUUUUUUUUUUUUGUGGAUACAAUAAUAAUAGAGUGCAGUUUAAGUUUUGUUAUAGGAAGGUAGGUGCAGGGUGGAAGAACAGUAAUUGAUGGAAUGAUUAGGUGAAAAUAGCAAUAAAAAAAACUUGAUCAGUGCAUCAAAGUUUUUAUAAUGCAAAAAUUAUGAAAAACAUACCACAGUCAGUGCUGGGUAUGCACAGGGGUUAUCUGGGAGAUGUUACAUUUGUGAUUUACAAGGAAAUUUUCCCCCUUCUGCCGCCCAUACCCUCGCUUCCUUCCCUACCCUGCAGCGCUGUAUAGCCCUUGUGGCUUAGCACUUCUUUUUGAUUAUAAUAAUAAUAAUACAAGGAAAUUGCUUUGAAGAGAUUCAGCAGUGUGUGUGUAGGAGCUACUGGAGUAGUUAGUGUCUAGGAAUAGGUAUGAAAUGAAUACAAGGAAGAGCAAAGUCAUGAAAUAAAUGCUGUCUUGCUUAAAGAUUGGAGGUCAGAUUUAAUAUUUUAAUGUUAAGCACUAACCCCAUGCGAGUCAUUCAGCACAAGACACGGUGGAGGCUCGAUUCUCCAUCUGCUAAGUGCCAGGCAGAUGAUUUUCCUAUUUAUUCUUGUCUUAGUCUUGCUAUAGCAAACCGAGGAUCAAGCCUCCGCCACUUCAUGUACUCAAUGACAUCCACGUAUUAUUAGGAGGAGAAUCAAGCCAUCAAGAUGCUGCUCAAUGAUCGACAUGGGUUUUAUGCUCAUUCCAUGUACCUCACCUGACUGAAGCCUUGCAAAGUGAUCAGUAGGAAGAAGGUUGCUAACUUAGUCCUGAUGCCAUAUGAAUGUGAAGUGAAGGCUAGAAUCACAUAUGCAGGUCAAUAAUUAAAAGAAUAAAAAAAAGGGUCAGAGUGAAAGGAAAGAAUAUGGAAGUAAAUAAUUUUAUUAUUAUUAUUAUUAUUAUUAUUAUUAUAUUUAGGGGAAGCACUAAACUUGUAGGGGUUAUACAGUGCUUGAGGAAUGUGAAGCAAUCACAUUCAGUCUUAGAAAAAGGAAGACUAAGUCCAAUUCCUUGAAUCAGAAUCCCCUAACCAGCAUUAAAGAACCUCCCUGGAUUGGAGAGAAUAUAUUUGCAGUAGAUAUUCGGGAGUGAAAGUGUCAGAAAAUUGGGUUUUAAAGUAUAAGGUAAAUCAAGACUAUGUGAGGGAAAGAAAGUUGAAAGAUUGUUAAGAAAUCUGUUGACAGUAUGAAGUUUUUCAUUGGGUGCAAAAAAAGAAAUACAUUUCUGAUUUUCUGUUGGUGUGAACAAGUCUUUGUAUGCUCCAACCUGUAUGACUUGUGGGUUUAGUGCUUAGUUUUGAUUGCAAUUUGAUUUUAUGUUGCAACAAGGGAGAAGUAGAAAUGUGUAAUGAUGAAAGUGCAGUGUAUUCAGAUACUUAGGACUGAAGAAGGUAUAAUUCAAAAAGCAGAAGAGGGAUCAUUGAGAUGGAGGAAGAUCACACAUGAGUUUAGAAUUUUUUGUAAAUACAGUGUAUCAGAAUAAUAGUGAGCAAAAUCAGUUGAUUGAGAGAGAGAGAGAGAGAAAUCUGAAUUGUUUAGAUGGAAAGCAUGGUUUCUGAAUUGUGUGUGAGUGUGACCCAUUAUUCAUUAUGCAAUGCCUGAAUAGAUCCCUUAACUAGUAAAAGAAAGUGAUGAUGUCCAAAGAAGUGCAUAUAAACUGUUGCCUGAUUUGAAAGGAAUAAGGUUUGAAGAAAGCAUUAGAGUACUAGCCUAUUAAGGAGGGAUACCUUGAUGCUGAAGAAGGUCUCUCUUAAUUGACUGUACUUACUGUCUUAGAGCCUGUAGAUUUUAUUUUCAGCAUCUCCAUGAGUGCCCUAAUGUUGUAACUAUCCUCCAAAAGUUUUACUUUCAGUACAGAUGUUCUUACUUUUAUAACAAAACUAAUAUAUUGUAUCAACUAUGACUCCCAAUUUGCAUUUGUACUAACCUUCCACUUCAACAUAAUUAUUGUGCUUUUUAUCACAAUAAUUAUCUUGAUUUCAAGGAGUUAGAUCUACUCUUCCCUUCCUCCAUUCAAACUUGAUUAGCUCCCAUUUCCCAGGUGCUGUGUGACUUGUGUUGAUUUAUCACUUCCUCAUGAAUAUAAUGCUGUAUAGCCCUUGUGGUUUAGCGCUUCUUUUUUAUUAUAAUAAUAAUCAUGAAUAUAAUAAUAAAAAUAAGAAAGAACUUGGCUUGUUGUCUCUGCAAGAAUGGAAACCAAGGUGAGAGUUAAGAAUGAAAGCUAGUCUGGGAUUUGAUUUUGACAAACGGUAUUUUGGGCAAAGGGUAGACUUGGAUAUGCCCCUUACUAGGGGUAUAACAUAAAGGCAUGGCUGGAAAUUACAGUACAUGCUCAAAUGUGUCACAGGAUUAUUCAAAAGUGCUUCAACGUAAGUUGGUGUUUUAGUAAUAUUUUUUAGGUAUCGUGCAGCUCAUCAUAGCCCUAAAUGAACCACGGAGCUAUUCAGUAUCAUUUUGUUAAGAGAGACUUUCACUGAAGUGCUUUUGAAUAAUCCUGUGAUACAUUUGGGUGUGUAAUUUCCAUUCAUGUUGUCUUAUUACAUCCCAGGUACAGAGCCUGUCCUUGUCUACUCUGACAGUGCUUUAAAGUAUUGAUAAUCGUAUUUGCAUUCUUUCUUCAUUGCUCAGUUUCUUCUACUGAAGCAUCAGACUUGAUGCAUUGCUUUGGACUUUCAAAGAAGUUUACCCUGUGAUUUAUUAAGUGAGGGUUCCAUACAGGUGCUUCAUACUCAAGAAUGGGCUGCCCAUCUGAUCUUGUGUUUUGAAAGUCUUUAUCCAGGUUACCGAAUCUCUUAUGUUUUCACACUCGGCCUGUGCUAUUACUUUUAUUCUGUAAGUAGGUUUCAGGGGUCAGGAUUGGUAUAAUAGUUAUUUAAAGAUGUUUUUCCUUAACUGUUUCAAUGAAACUUUUAUCCUCUGGUCUCUUUUCUGCAGUUACCCUCGAUAUACAGUAUAAUAUAGUGUUACAUAACAUUCAAUGAUUUGUUUUUAUGUUUGAAAUGACUACAUGUAUAAAAAUGUCUUAGAGCUACAUUAGGAUGUGAUUCUAGAAUUGAUUUUGAAAUUACAUACUGAAAUUCAGAUGUUUUACAAACAUCAUUGCCAAACUUUACAAAUUGAAUGUAUGGUGAGAAUUAUAAUCAGUCGGAAACAAUAUCUAAAAUGUGCUAUUAAGAUAUUUUUGCAUUUUUUUGUGGAAUAAGUGUGUAAGUCAGUGAUGUUACCUAUGUAAAACUGUUAAUUUUUACAUAAAAAAAUGUCUUGGUAGGUCUAAUUGCUUUUAAUGGAGAUUAACAGUGUUACUCAAAUAUAUAAUGUAUACCUUAUUAAAAUUAAUUAAGUGGGACCCACUGUGAAGCAUAUAUGUUACCGCUGUACCACUGAUAUUAACGAUGCUGAAAACUCUGGUAUUGUUACACUCACUGUAGUGUGAUAUUUCAGUUUGUUCUUAUACAUUGCUAAAAUGGUUACUCUAGUUUGUAUCAUGUUUAUUGUUAACAUGUGAUAUUAUUGUGUGGCAAUUAAUUGUUCUUGGCUUUUGGAAUUUAUAGAGUACUGUAAUUAUUAUAGUUCUUUCUUCAGUAUUAUUCCUUGUCACAUGAUAUGAGACAUACACGUGUAUGAUUUGUGUUACUUUGACAUCGAGUUCUUUAAAUGUGGUUGUGUAAUGAAAAGCAAACUAUUCCAUACAUAAAUGUGCCUUAUAUUCGCUAAGAGCAUGAAAGGCUGAGGUUUGGCAUCGUGCUUUCUAGAUCUACCGUUGAACUGCCAUAUUCUAGUGCAUAAUAAAGUGACAUGAAAUACAGAAUUUUAGAAGGUACACGAGUGUUUGGAAAGGAACAAGUUUAUCAGUAGAUAAUUAACUAUUUAUGACUGAAUUUUUUUCAUACUUUAUUGAAUGAAUGCUGCUGAUUUUUUUUUUUGUCAUAAAUACACAGGUGAUUGAUUUUAACAUUAUAAUAUGCAUUACAGUGAAACUUUUUAUAUCCUUUUAUAAUGGGACUGAAACCCUAUCAGAUGUGGUUAACUGUAUUAAACUGCAGUACCAGAAAUUUUUUCACAAGGUACUGUCAUACUAUAUAACAUUUGUUUUUAAAUAUUGCUUAAUUUAUAAAAUGGUGUAAUCCAUGUAUUAUGGAAAGGAUGUGCCAAAGUAUUGGUAUCAGCUAAUUUUUAUAGUAUCGGGUAUCGUCUUGUUUGAUAGUAGUGGGUAUCAGCUAGUUUUGAUAUCGGUGUCAGUGGGUAUUGACUAAAUUUGAUCGUAUCAGGAUCAGUAUCAGCCUAAAACUAAGUACAGUGGACCCCCGCAUAGCGAACGCAUCGCAUAGCGAACAAUCCGCAUAGCGAACGCUUUGUUCGCUGAAAUUUUGCCCCGCAUAGUAGACAAAAACCCGCUCAGCGAACUUCGUCCGAGACGCGUCCAAUGUGCGGCCUCGGCCAGCCUCACAUGUGCCGCCUGUCCCAUUGUUUACCAGCUAGCCUCCGCGGUAACAUUCAAGCAUACACUCGGAAUAUUUCGUAUUAUUACAGUGUUUUCGGUUCUGUUUGUUGAAAAUAAGUGACCAUGGGCCCCAAGAAAGCUUCUAGUGCCAACCCUGUGGUAAAAAGGGUGAGAAUUAGUAUGGAAAUUAAGAAAGAUUUUGAAGGGUUUGGGGCUAACCCUGAGAAGCCUAUGCCAGUUGUGGAAUCCAUUGUGCCUACUUCAAAAAUUAAGGAAAUGUGUGCACAGUGGGUUGAACUGCAAACCUUUAUGGAUGAAAAUCACCCUGACACAGCUGUUGCAAGGCGUGCUGGUGACUAUUUCAAUGACAAUGUUAUGGCCCAUUUUAGACAAAUCGUAAAGGAACGGGAGGUACAGAGCUCUAUGGACAGAAAGAAGUCCAGUGACUCUCAAGCUGGUCCUAGUGGCAUUAAAAGAAGAAGGGAAGUAACCCCGGAAAAGGACUUGCCUCCUCAAGUGUUAAUGGAAGGGGAUUCCCCUUCUAAACACUAACACUCUCUCUCCCCUCCUCCCAUCCCAUCAAUCAUCACCAGAUCUUCAAUAAAAGUAAGUGUCAUGUAAUUGUGCAUGCCUUUUUCAGUUUGUGUGUACUAAAAUUAACAUUUUUUUGUGGUAAAAAAAUUUUUUUUUCAUACUUUUGGGUGUCUUGCACGGAUUAAUUUUAUUUCCAUUAUUUCUUAUGGGGAAAAUUAAUUCGCAUAGCGAACAUUUCGCAUAACGACCAGCCCUCUUGCACGGAUUAAGUUCGCUAUGCGGGGGUCCACUGUAUCUGUAUUAGUAUUGGCAAAAAAAAUUGCUAUUGUCUCAUCCCUAUAUUAUCGUUCAGUAUUUGUUCACUGUAUCCUACAGCAUUACUGGUAAUUUUUUUUUUUUUUUUUUUUUUUUUUUUUUAUAAAACUGUCUAUAUAGAUCAACCUGUUCAAUGAAUCCCUUUCAGAUUGAUAUGAAACAACAUUUAACUUAGAAAACUUUUCUUACCAGAGUCCAUGGGGAUGUGCUAAAGCCAUAGUGUUAUAUAGUGCCUGGGGAAUGGGAGACAAUUAGGUUUGAUCCAUAGAAAGGGAGGGUAGCUCCAGUUACCAGGAUCAGUAACCUCAAGGCACCUCAGCUGAAAGGAGCAAAUGUCAGUGAGAUUGCUAGUAAUAAUGGUAUAAUUACCAACAAAAUGUUAGGUAAGUGGACUCAGAUGCAACUAGUAAGUACGUUUAUUCAGGUAUAUACAAAUACAGUUACAUAGAUUAUCUUAUAUAGCAGCAUAUGUGUAAAGAACCUAGGAUAACCCAAAAAAGUCAGGCAAAGUGACUUAUUAUAAUACUAUAAAGGAGAUAAUAUCUUAUUAUUAUACUAUAAAGGAGAUUUACUGUGAAUAAGGUAAAAUGAGUUAUUUAUAUUUACAUGUGUGUUAGCUAAAAAAAAAAAUAAAAAAACAUUCUCCCUUUCUGUUGCUACAUUCAUUAGGCACCUUUUGACUCUUGAACUGGUUCAUGCUAUGACUGGCUUUGAGAUGUGCAGGCAGUUUGUUCCAUUCCUUUAUUGCUGUACAAUAAAAGGUGUUUGAAGCCUGGCCACUGACUGUGGGUACUACAAAGUUGUGCUCUCUCCCCUUAGUACUAUGAUUGCUUUGGUUCCCAGGCUUGACAAAAUUGGCAGCAAGAUAUUCUGGACACUGUUUGUGAGCAAUUUUAUAAACUUGAUUUAACUUCAUUUGUUUUACUCUGUGCAGUUUAUAUGUAAUAACAUAUUGCUAUACAGAAAGAAAGUCAUUAGCAUACAUCAGCAUUUCAGGCAGACUAAUCCUGAUGCUUACACACCACUUAAAACUAGACACAAGUGACAUUUUAUUGUUGGAACCUUUCAUCUCCAGGAUCAAAACAUUGCCACAAUAAAAUGUCAUAUUAGUUGCAUCUGCAUCCAUUUACCUAACAAUGAGAUUGUUGUCGGUAAAUUUUGCUAUGGAAAAAUCACAUUCAGUCAUUUGUCAGUUUUGUCUUACCUAAUUGUAAGUUUUCUUCAUAUAUGGGACCUUUAAAUGGUGUAACAAUUUUUGACUGAGGGCAGUUCUCCCCAUUCUUCUACAUCUAGUAGUGCUAGUUUAUGCUUGGUACAUACUGCCUCAGAACCACUCACUAAAUCAUAGUGAUACUAGUUGGGAUGCUAGCUGGAGAUAUUGUAAGCAACCACCUGGCUGUGUAAGGCCAGUGUGGCUUGGUUCCUAUGGACAGCACACAUAUCUCUUAAGAACUGCAAAUGCAUAAAAUUGCUGAAAGCAUUUAACCCUUAAAACGGUCCAAACAGUUCGACGUUCAAAUUCGUAGUGCUACAAAAGUAGAUCUACUUUUUUUACAUAUUUUCAAAUAUAACAAAAAAAAAUGUAGAUAAAAGUUUUUUUUACACGUUUUCAAAUGUAAAACAAAAAAGAUCUACAUUUUUUUACAUACUUUCAGAUGUUGAAAAAACGUAUAUAUACGUUUGGACCGUUUAAGGGUUAAAAGAAUUCAGAAUAUAAAUCAGAUUUUUUUUAUUAAUGAUAAUGAUUAUUAUUCAGCUUUUUAAAAAUCAAUACCUCUCACCAGUGGUUAAUUUUUCUUUGCUUAAUUUUUAAUGGUUGUUACCAAUCAGGGAAAACUGAUAAGGAUAUUUAUUAGAAGUUGGUGGUUAAUUAAAAGUCGGAUAUGACAAGUUUUACUGUAUCUAAUUUGUAAUUUUUGUAACUUGAAUUUGCUUUUGGAAAGUUUUAUGAGAAAAGUUCUUUUGACAUUACAGUACAAAUAUAUUUUGACAAUCUUCGUCACAAAUAUUGGUGCAUAAUAAUAAUAAAAAUAAAUUAUUUCUUGAAGUAUUUUGUGGUAUUUAUGGUUAUUAGGAGUGAGCACAUUGUUUUUCAGUAGUACUGUGUACAAGUGUUGACUUUUCUUUAUUUUUGCACUCUUCUCUAGUAGUUUGCAAACGUUUUAAUUAGAAUAGAUAUUUGAACAAUUUCAGUGUUAGGCUGUUGACAGCAAUUGAUGUGUGUAAAAUUUCUUAAUUUUUUAUCUCACAAAUAGAAUGUGUGUUUACAAAUGUGUGUGUGGGUAUGUAUGUAUUGAUAUGUAUGUAUAUUUUUUCUUUUAAACAGAUGAAAGCACCUCUUUGUGAUAUUCUUGGAAAAAAAAAAUGGUACUGUAAGUACUACAUAAUAUAGACAGAAUAAUUUUUUCAUUAUUUUCAAAAUGGAGGUGAUUUUGCCUUUGCACUUACAUGAAAGUUAGUCCACUGCAAUUCUUUGUCUAUGAUUGCUCAUAAUUGGUAUCUUGUACGUAGUCUGAAAUAAAUAUUUUGAUGAUU